GGCCACACCUUUAAAAUGGCGGCAUAUAAAGCAAAAAGCUCUCUUUUUUAACAAAAAGAGGUAGAAUUAAUAUUAUUAUUAUUUAUUUAAUAAAGUACAAUUGUGUUAACAAAAAACAUCGAUGUUUGCCACCAGCAAUCAAAACUUUGAAAAAAUGACUAAAAUAUCGAUAUCGCCAACGCAGCUCUUCAGCAAGAGAUAAAUAUAAGCAUUGUUUGUAAACUAUUAGUGUUUAGUAGAUCAGGUGAAACAGACCAACACGGAGCCGAUACGCAAAGCAAUAAAGUUUAGCAUCAUGAGCAUUCCACUGAAGCACUUUAAAAAAGGUACGCCGAAACCAGAACUGCCCGAUGAUGGCGUCUUGCGCUUCUACUCUAUGCGCUUCUGUCCAUACUCGGAACGCGCCGCCUUGGUGCUGGCCGCCAAGAAGAUUCCCCAUCACAAGGUCUACAUUGAUCUGAACGAGAAGCCCGAAUGGUAUACGGAUUACAGCCCAUUGGGCAAAGUGCCAGCUGUUCAAUUGACCGCUGUUGCCGGUCAACCGGCGUUGGUUGAAUCGCUGGUCAUUGCCGAAUAUUUGGAUGAAGCGUAUCCAGAGCGCAAACUGCUCCCAACAGAUGCCCUGCAAAAGGCGCUGGAUAAGAUACUCAUUGAGCGACUGGCACCAGCCGUUAGCGCUGUCUACCCCGUCUUCUUUACGAACAAUCCGCCAGCGGAUGCGCUCCAGAAGUUCGAGGUAGCACUGGACGUGUUCGAGGAGGAGAUCAAGAAGCGUGGCACUCCCUACUUUGCCGGCCAGCAGAUUGGCUUGGUCGACUACAUGCUUUGGCCGUGGUUCGAGCGUUUCCCAGCACUGAAGAUUACGCUGGCCGACAAAUACGAGUUGGACAAGACUCGCUAUGCAAAGCUUUUGCAGUGGCGUGAUCUGGUGGCACAGGAUGAGGCUGUCAAGGCUGUGGCAUUGGACCCUCGCGUGCAUGCCAAGUUUAUGUUUGCACGUCACGAGGGCAAACCCAACUACGAUGUGGCCUUCGAGCCCGUAUAAACAAUCUAAAAUCUAAUUGAGAUUAUGAAUUGGAAUAAAUCUGAAAUUAAAAUCUAAAGCAAC